CUAAAACCUUUAUCUCCUGCCCUUGCACAGGUUCCCUACCGGCAAACAAUACCCAGUUACCCAUCUUACCUACUUUUGUGGGUGGCGGCAGUGUUGUGACACAAGGACGAACCCAGGAACAGUAUCCGUGAAGAUGCCCAGUCCCCCUUAUAAAAAAAUACUAGCUCAACUAUACAAACCCAAUACCCUUUUAAGACUUGGCCCAUCUAAACCCAUUUACCAUUUAACCCAAUUACCAAGUUAAAUUUUUAAACCUAAAAUUUACUAGUUAGCGGCAAACUUCCAAAAAAGGGGCAUCGAACUAUUCGACUUCCACAGUUCGACGAUUAGGAUUUCAGACCCAUCAGGUAUAAUGCCUCGCAAACAACUAUCCGGAUGUCAAAAACGAAAAAAGAGAAAAAGAGAUGAAGAAUUAAGAAAGUCUCAAGCUGGGGCUAUGCUUAAGUUUUUACAAAAACAACCUCAAGGUGCUAAUGUUGUUGAAGAACAUGUUCAUGGAAAAGUCGAUGAACAUAAUGUCCAUGCUAACGUUGAUGCUAAUGUUGAAGAAAAUGUUGUUGGUGCUAACGUUAAAGAAGAUGAUGUUGUUGCUAAUGUUGAAAAAGAUGUUGUUGGUGCUAAUGUUAAAGAAGAUGAUGUUGACGUUGCGGUUAAUGAAAUUGAUAUAUUUGAUCCUAGAAAUUGGGGUGGGCUUAAAUCUAACAUGAUCAACGUUUUGGUAGAGGAAGGUCCAAAACGAGAUUUGACUAUUGAUAAGGGUCCCAAGAAUAAAUCUGGAAGACGAUUUUCUGCAACUUUGUAUACUAGAACUCUAGCAAAUAAGGAGACUUGUGAUAGAAGUUGGCUAGUCUAUUCGAAAGAGCUUGACAAAGUUUUUUGUUUUUGCUGUAAACUAUUUAGAAAAGGGGUUUCGAAAGGUCAGUUGGAUAAUGAAGGUUAUGGGGAUUGGAAACACGUUACUUCUAGACUUAAAGAACAUGAGACUGGCUUCGAACAUCUGAAGAAUAUGACUACUUGGUAUGAAAUGCGUCAAAGGUUGAAAGCUAACAAAACAGGUGUUCAAGCAGCGAACGAGCAGUUUAAGAAGUAAAAAGAUUAUCGGAUUCAAGUCAUUUUGAGAAUUAUUGCACUCAUGAAAUUUCUUGAUAAACAUAAUUUAGCAUUUUGUGGAUCAAUUAGAAGUUGUAUAAACUAUAAAAUAUUGAUGAAGAAGGUCUAUUGUUAUCCUAA